UCUCUCCUGCAGCGGUCUCGCCUGUCGAAGGAAACAAAAACCAAAAAAGAGCAAACACACAGCAUGCGAAGUUUGCUCCGAUUUAGAGCUUCACAGUUCUUAUUCAAAUCCUCUACGGUUUCUUUCUCUCGGAGCUUUCCCUCACCCAAUCUCUUCCACAUCAAUUCCAGUUCCGACCGGCGAACCUUGGCGGCCAUGGCCGGCGCGGACGAGUUUGUCAAGGGAAACGUUCAUCCGAAUGGCGUCGCGGUUAUAACUCUCGAUCGCCCCAAAGCUCUCAAUGCCAUGAACUUAGAUAUGGAUAUAGAAUACAAAAAGUAUCUCGACGAAUGGGAGGAAGAUCCAACGGUCAAAUGUGUCCUCGUCGAGGGAAGCUCGUCUCGUGCCUUUUGUGCAGGUGGUGAUGUGAAGCAGAUAACGAACAAAAACCAAUUACCAGAUAUGAUUGAGGUAUUUACAGCUGAGUAUUCUUUAAUUUGCAAAAUUUCUGAUUACAAGAAGCCUUACUUAGCCUUCAUGGAUGGCAUAACAAUGGGGUUCGGGAUUGGCUUAUCAGCUCACGGCCGUUACAGGAUCAUCACAGAGAGGACCCUUCUAGCCAUGCCUGAAAAUGGAAUUGGUUUGUUCCCAGAUGUUGGGUUUUCAUACAUAGCAGCUCAAGGUCCAGGAGAAGGAUCAGUUGGGGCAUACCUUGGACUGACUGGUAAAAAAAUUUCAUCGCCAUCUGAUGCACUCUACGUUGGUCUCGGAACGCAUUACGUUCCGUCUGCGAAUUUGAGUUCACUGAAAGAACGACUCUUGACUGCUAACUUUUCUGAGGAUCCUCACGAGGAUAUAAAAACGCUCCUGACAAAAUACAGUAGCGACCCCGAGUCUCCAUCCUCGUUGAAGUUACACUUACCUCAGAUAGUUUCGUGCUUUGGUGCCGAAAAGUCGGUUAAGGAGACGGUUGAAGAACUAAAGAAACACCAACAGGAUUCAAAUUCUUCAGUGGCGGAAUGGGCUAAAGAAUCUCUUCAAGGAAUUGGAAAAGGCGCUCCCUUUUCACUUGCAUUGACACAAAAGUAUUUCUCCAAAGUUGCAGCUGCACACGGAAAGCGUAACAACGAAUUAUCGACUCUGAACGGCAUUAUGAGAACGGAGUAUCGUAUUGCCUUAAGAUCAUCCCUGCGCAAUGAUUUUGCUGAAGGAGUUCGAGCUGUUUUGGUGGACAAAGAUCAGAAUCCGAAAUGGAACCCGUCAGCCUUGGACGAUGUCGACAACAAAGAAAUCGAUUCCCUCUUCGAACCUGUAAGUCGAGUGGCUGAAUUGGAAGUAUAAAUUACAAAAAGGAGAACAUAUGUGCUUAUUUUAUUAUUGCCAAGAAAAUUUGUAAAAUUUAAUAAAUAUUUGAACUAUGGUCGGGAAGAACUGAUAAUCGCAUAGCUCGGGGAGAAAAACCGGCGAUGCUAAGGUAGUAUUGUGCUAUGCUUAGAUUGAGUAUCGUUAUUAUCCAUAGCUAUCGGGAAAAUUUUCAAGUCAUAUAAUGAAAUACGUAGUUUUAUGUCCAAGAGCCUCAAAAUAUGGCUCGAGAUUA